CUCCUCCCCGCUUCUAAUCAUCUAACUACAAUUCAACUAAUCUACAACUGAACUACAUACUACUAACCCCCCCAUGCCACCCGUACCACACGUACCAUUCCCGUACCGUCCUUCACCGCGACAACCUGAACAAUCUAUCCCUCCUCCAAGCAAGCCUCCUCCGUAAUAAAGCCUAUUGAUCUCCCCCGGUUCCCCCGUUGAUCCUCCUCAAAUCUCCAGUCUCCCAAAAAUCCUCAUCGUCGCUGUUCGCUCGUCCGCCCGUGCCGCCCCAGUUUGUUGUUGUUGUCAUUGUCGUUGCCACCGUCAUCGUUUCCCCAUCUCUCCGCAAAGUCCCCCAGAAGUUCCUCCCAGGGUCCAUUCAAUCCAUAUCAUCAUCGACUUCGGCUGUACUCCUCGCCCGCCCAAUCACAUCCUCCACAACUCCAAUCCUCCCUUAUCAGUUACCGACCCGACCAUCUUCAAUUGCCUCAUCGAAUCGAUCUCGCCCGCGGAUUGACGUCCAACCAGACCUGCAACCCGGCCGAUUCUAUAUAACGAACUUUCCAAUACCACGGACGCCUGCCGCGUCUUCACCAAGCACUCCCGUCCGCCUAUCUACCCGAGUCACCGCCAUUUGACCGCCGCCUCCCCGUCACCGUCACCGACGCCUCUCUCAUGCUUCGUUAAGAGGUUCACUCUCCGUCGAGCGACACAUCCUCACUUCACCCUCACUCCAUCUCCUCUCCACCAUCACCAUGACGACCGAAUUCCAGAUGCCGGCUCCAGCCACCCACUACAACCCUCACCCACCCCAAUACCCAUCACAACAGUUCUCCCUCUACAGCUCCCAGCCCGUCUCCCCCGCCUCCUCGAACCCAACAACCCCCCAGGGCUCCUCCCCGACCUCCCCCCGAUCAAGCACCCAUCUCUCCACGCACACUCGUCAACUCCGACCCCCGAAGUCCCCUCUCUACGUUCCCGCCGUCCUUCGUCCCUCCCAGCCACCCCGCCGAAAGACGGGCACUGGCACCCUCACCCCGCCCAGCACCAACGACGGCCUUGACGCCCCCGCACUCCUGCGUUCCGACUCGGAUAACGGGAAAUGGGGACUCGGGCGCCUCAUGGACAGCGAGUGGCGCGGGAAACCGCUCGGUCGCGUGACUGAUCUCCCUUCUCGGGAUCACUGGAAGCCCGAUGCCGAUGCAACCGUCUGCGAUGCUCCUUCGUGCACUCGCACCUUCUCGUAUUUCACGAGACGCCACCACUGUCGCCGCUGCGGUAACAUCUUCUGCGACACCCACUCCCCCCACCUCGUCCCCCUCGACCAAAACGCCUCCUUCCACCCCCUCGGCCACCGCAGCCGCGCCUGCGAGUUCUGCUGGAGCGAGUACAAAGGCUGGGAAGUCUCUCGUAGCUCCCGCACCGGCAGCCGCAACGGGAGCGACAGCAUCCACAACGGCGGCGGAAGCGUCAGCGGAAGUGGCAGCGAAGACGGGAGUGAAGGUAUGCCGGCUACACCUGUGAUUAGCUGUAGAGGCAACGGUGCGUUUGGUGCAACGGAUGUGGGAAAGGCGAUGCCGGAGAGCGUGCCGGCGAGUGUGCCGAGGGAUUGGAACUGGAGCACGUUUUGAAGUGCCGUGAUGGGCGGAUUUUAUGAAUAACACUCUUUUUAAUGCGGGGACCAGCAGAUGGAUCCAGUGGGUUAUGGACGGAGGAGGAUAAGGGCCGAGUCGAGAUAGAGGAGGAGACUGGAAUGCGGGAGUAUAGACGAGACAAGGGUCGAUUCUGGCACCACCACCGACUGACCACAGCUUCGGGUCCUCUCACACCAGCGUCCGAUCAGUUCCCUUUGACGACCCUGAUGAAGAUCUAGUCACGUCACGGGACACAAGAACGAUAUCCCGAGAAUUACCACCGACGUCGACAGAUUCAUAGCAUCACUCCAGCCAGUUUAGCGUUGAUUUUCGGGAUUUACCUUCUUUUUUUGUAUUCCUCUUACCGCGUUGGCCGGUGUCUCACGAGACUUUUACUCAAGCGAUAUAGACAGUCCUAAUUAGCGUUGAAUUCAUGCAUUUACAGUCAUCA